CAACAUGGCUGCGCGCAGAGGGAAAAUUAAAGAAAUUUCUACAUCUAAAGAUCUAGGCAAGCUUCGCUGCAUUAUACAUGUGUGUCAAGGUGUGGAAGGUAAAUUGACAACCUUUUCAGCUACCACAUGGGAUAAAUGCGUAGAGUGUGCUACGAAAUGGUCAAAAUUAACGGGCGAACUUAGUGAUAUUUCGAACAAUCUUUUUAGAAGUGGCGUACUUGACAUUCCGUUUUCAAAAGACGCUUGUGUACACUUUGGCUAUCAUAAAUCAUGUUAUCAAAAGUUUACAAACAAGAUAUACAUUGAGAAAUCACAAAAGGCUAGUGACAAAACAGCAUUGGUAGUGCCAGAAGAAAAUGAAUCAAAUAACGAUGAUACUGAUGUCAGCUCUCCAAAAAAACUCCGGUCCAGUUCUGUUGUGUCAAAAGUCGGUGAAUCCAGCUGUAGUGUUUUACCAGCAUUAUGCAUCAUAUGCAAGAAGAAAGACUUAUGUGUCACUGUUGGACACAAACGAGUUAAAGACAAGCUAAUACAUGCAGAAACUGAGUCAGCUGGUCAGUUGCGAGAGGCAGCCACUCAGAAGUGUGAUGAAACAAUUCUACUUCACAUUCGAGACAAGGAUUGUGUAGCUAUUGAAGUAAAAUAUCAUCGUUCAUGCUACAAAAAUUACACAAGAUUCCUGAGAAAGAAGAAAAGUGAACCUGUUCCAAUACAACAGUAUUCAACUGCAUAUGCCUUGUUUUGUGAGACUGUGGUGGUAACUCGCCUGCUGAAAAAUCACGAGAUUUUGAGAAUGUCAUUGCUGCUACUUCUGUUUAGACGCUUUGUAUCCAAACAUGAAAUGAAUGAUGCCACAAGUUACAGAACUGAUCAACUGAAAAGACGUAUUGAGAAUGACUAUCCACAACUUACUUUUCAUUCUCCAUGCCGGAAGAAUGUUAGCGAGCUAGUCUUCACAGAGACCUUGUCACAUGAUGAUCUCCUGGAAGGAUUCCAAUCAGAGAGUGAGCUUGGAUCAGACUUAACACCAAGCGACACUGACACUGAGGCAAGCAGUCCUAUGAAGUCUACUGUAUCAGGUCUAUAAGCCAGAAGCAGUGCUUUUAGUUCCAUGCAAACCUUAUAUGAAACAAGUGUCAUUCUUCAAAGAGAUAUUAAAGAACAACCUCGAAUGGAAACCCCAUGGCCACCAACAUCAGAUACUAUGAACAUUGAAUCAUGUGAAUCAGUUGUUCCUGUGGAACUGUACAACUUACUUGCUUGGAGCAUUGGAGUCUCAGAAGAGCUUUCUAUUUCAGAGAGGGUUAGUGUUCCCGAUAGUAUUUAUUUAAAACUGUUGUCUAUUUGUCAGGAUGUUGUUUAUCUGGCAUCAAAUGGAAGAAGACAAACUCCAAAAUAUUUAGCCUUGGGUCUCACAGUCCGACAUUUGACUGGUUCUUGUCAGCUGUUAGAUAUUCUGAAUAGAUUUGGCCACUGUGCUUCAUCUGAUGCAAUUGUUGGUUAUGAGACAAGCCUGGCCCAACUCCAACUUGAGACAGGUGGAGACAUUCCCAAAGGUUUUGAAAAGCAAACACCCACUGUAAUGGUUUGGGACAAUAUAGACUUUGGAGAGGAAACCAAAUCUGGUGCUGGUACAACCCACCAUACGAAUGGCAUCAUGAUACAGAGUAAGCCAACCGCAUCAGAUGAAGGGAACAGGACAGCAGUCAUCAAAAAAGGACAACGUACUCUGAAUCCACCACCAUGCCAGAUAGAAGUCUAUCAUCAAAAAAAGAGACAUGGCCCAGAAGAUCUUACAGUUAGUGACCAUGACCUGCAGGUGGCCAUCGUCAAGGAAAUGGUUGUCCAUGCCAGAAAAACGGAUUUAUUCUAUGUCAUACUGAAAUACACACAGAGCGAUGAACCAAACAUUCCAGGCUGGCGUGGCUUCAACAUACACCUUCAAGAAGAUGGUCCAUUACAUGAUGAUGAUAGUGGUGAUGAGAUGGACUAAAAUCUAUACAAAUACAUAAAUAUACAUUGUUUGACUGUAUAUGUGCAGAACAGUUGUGAGAAAGCAGAAACAUAAGCCAAAAACGCCUGCACAGUGCAUUUCACAGCUAAUUAAAAAAAUUUUUUUUUAAAUGCAGGCCUAUAAGGAGUUAGAACUAUGGUACUAAUAGGUACUAGUACCUAUUCAAAGUGAUUAGACCAUUUAAAAUAAUUAAACAUCUCAAAUCUUCAUAUCAGUAAUAUCACAAUCUGAUAUAUAAGAUGGACUGCAAUUUCUUAAAAGUCAACCCGAGUUAUUUGCCUUUUCAUCUACGAGAUUCUUCAUAAUUUCCAAUAACUUCAAAUAUAUAUAUUGUCAAAUUAUAUAUUACAGGGACAAGAGAAGUAUCCAGACCACUUCUAUCAAGAAAGUUUGCACAAAAAAAGCAUUGCAGUAAAAAAAAAACGUGUUUGCACUUAAUUGACCUUUCACCUCUAUGUUUGACCUUGUCCACCAUUGACUACCCUCCUGGAUUGACUUUUUGAAUAGUACAGACUAUUAACUCUUUAGAAAUACACCUGGUUACUUCCAUUAAAAAUGCAUUUACCAUAGCUCUUGUUUUAAAUUUAUUAUUACAAAUAUUUAUAUUAAAAUAGUACAACUUUUCACUUUAUAUAUUAUGGGUUGAAACACAUUCAGAGUUGAUUUUUAACACUUAAAUGUAUUUCAAUACUAUGUUUCUAUAGAAUUAAGGCAGUUAAAUUGUAUAAGGAGCAAUAACUUUUCUGAAAUUUAAUUUUAUUAGGGCAUACCCAAAAUUACAAAUUUUAAACUUUUUUAUGACAUUUUGACCUCUGGUUAUCCAAUUAAAUACAAUAUUUGCAUAUUUAUUAUUGCAUUGUAUAGAUGACUCUAAUACAAAUGUUUUGAGUG